AUGGUGGCUAGAUAUGGUGAUGAUAGUGAUAGCCAUCCCCCUUAUGAUCAUGGAUUAUGGAUUGAAGCUAGUGGAGGGAUCAAGAAAGGAAGAGUGCUUGGAUUUGGUUUUGUGUCUGAUCCACAAAGGUUUUUGAUGCCUUCUUUAGUAGCCCCAAGUACAUCUUCAGAUAACUUAGAGGUCAUCAUGGAUCGAAUCCGUGAGGAGAUGAAUAAAGAAUUUAAGUCGGAACGUGAUGAAAUGAAGCAAGCGCUUUUGGCUGAAUGUACAGAAAUAGAGGCACAAAAACAAGAAAUUGUGAAGAUGUAUAACGAAAUACUAAAGCUCGCCCAAGGAAAUAACACUAAUUAG